UGAUUGGUCCGAUAUUUGUUGACAUCCAAUCACACCACGCACUAGUCGAAACUACAGGCUGUGUGUCCUCCGGAGGGAGGAUCGAACGAUGGGCCGCCCGCAGCGAGCAAACAGCAGCUCGAGCUGCUCAACCGCCUGAUUUGUGCCUCCGUAACCUCCGGUCAGACAUGGAGAAGGUGGUUCUAGUGACCGGCGCAAACAGCGGCAUCGGCCUGGCGCUGUGUGAGAGGCUGCUCACUGAGGACCGUCAGCUCAGAUUGUGUCUGGCCUGCAGAAACACUCAGCGGGCCGAAGCCGCCCGUGCCGCCCUCCUGACCUCCCACAGCGGUGCACGUGUAGACCUGUUGCACCUUGAUGUGGGCUCUGUGCUGUCUGUGCUCAGUGCUGCUCAGGAGAUCAAAGCAAGGUACAACAGGCUAGACUUUCUGUAUCUGAACGCAGGAAUUAUGCCAAAUCCAGCUGUGGACAUCAGAGCCUUUUUCACAGGUUUUUUCUCCAGGAACAUCAUAAACAUGUUUGCCACAGCAGAAGGCCUCCUAACCCAGCAGGACCGUCCAAACUCAGACGGACUUCAGGAAGUUUUUGCCACCAACCUGUUUGGUCAUUUUCUACUGAUCAGGGAGCUGGAACCCCUGCUGUGUCAGCCAGGACACGCGUCCAGGUUAAUCUGGACGUCCUCGAGUAAUGCCCGCCGCUCGGCCUUCAGCAUCGAGGACAUCCAACACAGAAAAGGCAAGGAGCCCUACAGCUCCUCCAAAUACGCCUCAGACCUGCUCAGCCUGGCGCUCAACAGACACAAGAAUAACCAGGGCCUAUUCUCCUCUGUGACCUGUCCAGGUCUGGUGAUGACCAACCUGACCUACGGGAUCCUCCCUUCCUUCCUCUGGACUCUCAUCAUGCCCAUCAUGUGGUUGAUCCGGAUUUUCACCAACACAUUCACUCUGACGCCAUACAACGGAGCCGAGGCUCUGCACCACUUGUUCUCCCAAAAGCCAGAGUCGCUGGAUCCGAGAGCAAAAUAUCACAGUUUGACAUCCGGAUUUGGGAAUAACUACACUGAGACACGUCAGAUGGACGUUGAUGAUGAAAUGUCGGAGGUCUUCUUUUCAAAACUCCUCCAACUUGAAAAAGUGGUCAGAAGCAAGCAGAGUCAGAGAAAUGCAGAGGACAAGGCUAAUCAGCAAUACGUCCACCACGCAGAGUAACUUAACAGCGUGCAGUUGGAACCACUUUGCUGCUCGUCUUCUCGUUUCCAGAUGAGCCUGGAGUAUUUCAGAUUUCUUAAAAAUGAAACAAAUAAAUUCUUAUCUUAUUCAGUG